AUGCCUGCCCUCUUGUUCUACCUUCUAGGAUUCUGUCACCUCCAAGGCCAAGUUACUGGAAGAGUCACGGAUGAAUGGAUGAAUGAGGUUGUUAGGAUAUGCCGUAAUGAUUUUGUCAGAACUGCGAUCGAAGUCUGUGGCCAUGUCUACAUGGGAAGAAGAAAUUCUCUGAAACCAGAAAACCCCUUUGUGAGUUCUGAACCAGCUGCAGAAAUUGUGCCAUCAUCCACCAAGAAAGAUGCAGAAAAUGCAAAUACUAUGAUGGAAUCCAUUCCUAAUUCGCCACAGGAGCUGACGGCAACACUAUUUGAGAAGCAGCCAUCAAAGCUGUAUCUUCAAUACAUACCUACAUUGAAGAAGUCAAAUGUUAGUUUUGAAGAAUUUAAGAAAAUUAUUCAGAAUAUACAAAGAGGAGUGGAAGAUAGCAGUGCUUCAGAAUCGAAUACUUCCUCCCGAAAAAAGAGACAAUUCUUUGAUAAUCUGCCUGAAGAAUGUUGCAAAUAUGGUUGUCGCAGACACUAUCUUCUUAUGUAUUGCUGA